GGUCAUACCCCUCUGCACUGUGCUGUGCUGGCUCACAACGCCCUGCUGAGGGAUCAGAGCAGCCARACACAGGGACAGGAGCAGCAGGAGCAGCUCCAGCAGCAGAGCAGGGAGCUGGAAUUCUGCAUCCAGCUCCUGGUGCGCACCGGAGCCUCCAUCUACAGCCGGGAUGUGAAAAGCAACAAGACAGUUCUUCACUACACAGUCCAGGACGGGAACAUCUCCCUGCUCAGGUACUUCUUGGAGCUGAACGCUUUCAAGUCCAAGGAUUUUGUCAACAACAAG